GAUAAAUUAUUUCGCUAAUAACCUGAAAAAUGGUUUGAUAACGUUAAUAAUGGCUGUCAGUCGCUUCGAGAGUGAUAUGCGUGCUCUCCGGAGCGGGAAGCGUCCAAAAUGAGCUCCCCCUUGCUCCCAGUCGCGUAUCAAUUUUAUCAAAGUUAUCGGGCAGGAGGGAUACGGCGGCGGUGCCUGGCACGGCGCACGACCCGCCAGGAUUAUUCACCUGCGGAAUUAACUUUCGGGACUUAUGUACUACGCGGCACAUAAGGGGGACGACAAAUAUGCGCAGCUAACGAAUAUCAAGCCUCUAACUCACUCCACUUCUCUAAUAUCACCAAAUUAAAUUAAUUAUAUUUAAAUCUAUAGGUAACAAAAAUACUGUGAGCCAAGAAAACAACAAAAAUCACACUAUAUUUGAGGUAAUACCUUUCUUGUUUAUCAUUGAUCAUGCUCAUGGCAAAAACAUAUCACAAAGGAAAAUAUUUGAUAAGAACUAUUCUAUUUUGAAAACAACACCCUAUUUUAGAACAAUGAACAACACCAUAUUGUCCACCAUUUGACAUAUAAUUGUAUACAAUUGUUGUAAUAAAAUGUCAGCAGCACCAACAAUACAAUAAUUACAUAAACAAGAAGCCAGUCAUGCAUUACGUAUGGUGGUAGAUGGCAGGUGGUGCCACUGAACCGUAACAAAGCACCUGCACCACCCCCCUACGUCCCUAUCACUAAAUUACACACACUACCUCUAGCUAGCCCACACUACAGAGCAUUAAAAACAAAAUUCUCACAGAAACAGUAGCAAACAUGACAGUGAACCAACCAAGCACAUAGAGACGGUUGUUUGAUCAAUACUUGAUAUCAUACAAACCAGUGUUAAGUCACAAUAAUGUGUAACUGUUGUGUCCAAGUGAUAUUUUGCUGCAGAAAUUAACUUUUUACUCAAAAUGUCUGAGAUGGGCUUUGAGAAUGUGUUCUAUUUGGAGAAUUUUGAGUGCGCGGGCGACGAGGUACUUGUGGAGUCGUCGCCGCCAGCUUCGCCCGACAUGGCUGCGCGGCUUGCGGCUCCAACACAGGGCGGCGGCACGGCCGGCGCUGCCUCGCCGAGCGCCGUGCGCGAGCUCAUCGUCAUCCCGGAAAUACCCGACUCCAUGCAUUUGCAGCAUGCUAUGCAACAGGUAUCCAGCACGGUGGUGGAAGUGAACGGCGACAGUUCAGGCCACUCCAGUCCCACCGCGGAGGCACAGCAUACCUACAUCACCGUGGCCAGUGAGUUGCGGGGCGCAUGGGCACGGCCAGGCUCCCGCGUCAAGACUGAAGACCAUAGUGACCAAGAAAGUGAGGGCGGAAAUGGAGUCAACUACCAUGUGCAAUAUGUUACGGAGCCGCAAGAGAUCUACACACAAGGUCACCAGACGCAUAUGGAGCCGCUCCGCUACCCGGUGUACGGCGUGGCGACGGUGGGCGCGGAGGGCACGUCGGCCGACAGCGGCUGGGGCGGCGCCUCCUCUGCAGAAUACACCGCUUAUGGCGUCGUCGUGGCCGGCGACGAGGCGGAGGCGCCGGCGUCGCCCGCGACCCCGGGCGCGGCGCCGGCCCCGGCCCGCAUGCCGCCCGCCACCGUGCAGUGGCUGCUCGACCACUACGAGACCGCUGAGGGUGAGUCAAGCGUAUCCCUCCCCCGUUCAACCCUGUACGCUCACUACCUCCGCCACUGCGCCACACAUCGCCUCGAGCCAGUCAACGCGGCCUCCUUCGGCAAGCUCAUCCGCUCCGUCUUCAUAGGGCUCCGGACCCGCAGGCUCGGCACUAGGGGGAACUCCAAAUACCACUACUACGGGAUCAGGGCGAAGCCCGGGGUGGAACAUGAUCAUAGCGAGGCUGGAGACGCUCAGGAUCAGCACGAUAAUGUCGAUGAUAAGACUGAUGUGCUGGAUCAGGAGGGCAGAUCCCGGUCCCGGUCCCGCGACUCGGCCAGCAGCCCCACGCACGCGCACCGCCAGUACCUCGGCGCCGCCGCCCCGCCCGAGCCGCCGCCGCUCAGCAUACACCCGCUGCCCGACGACGUCACGCAGGACAUGCUCAACGCGCUGCGGAGGCAUCACAGGGAUCACGGCGCGGAAUUCUUGUCCGCCGUAGCGGCACUCGACGCUACCGGCGUAGAACGAGCUCGCCGCGGCUUCUGGCGACGUCCACCCGCUUCACUAUGCCGUCGCACUUUAGCCCGUCUCACUUCACGGCCUGACGUCUGCACUUGGUUACGAAGUGCUGAAUUGAGGCUUCAUCAACGAGCUGUGGAGUUACUACUGCCGGAUGUGUUACGGCCUAUACCAGCGGCUUUGACGCAGGCGAUUCGUAACUUCGCGAAGGGUGUGGAGGCUGCGCUCGCGGCCGGGGCGGCGGGGGCUCCGGCCCGGGCGGCGAGGGCGCAGGCCCAGGCGGCUCAGGCUCUGGCGGCUGCGUUGAGGCGAUAUACAUCGUUGAACCAUCUCGCGCAAGCUGCGAGAGCCGUGUUGACUAAUCAUCAUCAGAUACAUCAGAUGUUGGCGGAUCUGAACCGCGUAGAUUUCCGCGUGGUACGCGAGCAGGCGGCCUGGGCUUGUUCCUGCGGCAGCGCGGCUACUGCACACAAACUUGAGGCUGACUUCAAGGCAACACUAGGCCGUGGAGCCUCCCUGGAGCAGUGGGCGGGGUGGCUGGAGGGCUGCGUGCGGACAGCACUGGCGCCGCACGAGCGUCGCGCGGACUACACGGCGCGGGCGCGGCGCCUGCUGCUCGACUGGUCCUUCUACUCCUCGCUCGUCAUACGCGAGCUCACACUCAGAUCAGCGGCGUCGUUCGGGUCGUUCCACCUGAUCCGUCUGCUGUACGACGAGUACGUGUCGUACCUCAUCGAGCGGCGCGUGGCGGCUCAUCACGACGCGCCGCCCAUCGCCGUCAUGCACAGACAUCAUGAGCAAGACGAAGAAGACAUCCCGGAGGAGCAGCCUCGCGCGGACCCUGACGAUGAUGACCAGGACUGGGAGUGGGAUGACGAUGACGAAGAGGAUGAUGAGCCUGACUGUAAGAAGCAGAAGUUACCUGAACAGUAAGGUAGGAGGCGUAGGACGUAGCUUGGAGUCUGGAGUGGACUUAAGGACGCCCACACAAAACUGCUAUGCGAUGCGAAUUCGAAAAACCUUGUGAUUCGAUGCUAUUUUGUUCAGCAGUCCAUUUGGUACGGUAAACCUACUUUUUUGUGUGGGAGCCCUGAUAGUCCUUUGAACAGCUAUGGUAGAUAAAAUUUACCAAAAAUGAUAGUUUAUGACAACAAAACUGAAUGUGCUUGCUGGUUAGGUUUCUUGUUCAUUGUUUAACAUUCCUAUAAAACUGUCAAGCGUUAUGCUGUCAUAUUACAGCAUUUCUAUUAUAAUAACCAUCCUGGAUUAUUCAGUCAAGUAUAAUUAUAUUAUUUAGCGUCAUUUCAUUAAGGCGUGAACAGAUGCGUACCAUUUCAAGCGCUAAUGAUUUCUACUUUGCUCAGUGUGUUAUAUGUAUGUUGCAACCUUUAUGUAUUUGUGACAUACAAGUUGAUAAGUAUGUGUGAUAGUAUUUCACUAUAAUGGUUAGUGAAAUUACGUGCGUUGUGAAUAUUUCUAUGGACAAUGUUAAAACUAGGCACAUAUAAAUAGCCUCUUUUUUGUAAAUGUUGGCAUUAAAAAAAAACAAUUUGAAAUACUGAAAAAGUAUUUAAUCAAUCAUAAAUAUUUUUUCAAAAUUCUGAUGGCCUUUGGGAAUAGCAUAAAAUCAAAAUUGAAAAAUAGAAAAACUGUAAAGAAUGACCACAAUUGCCUUUUGAGUGCAAUUACAUGUAAUUAUAAGUAUCAAUAAGAAAUAACGAGACCGUAGUCUUUCUACCUUGUAUGGUUGGUAACUAUAUUGACCUCACAUUGUGUUAUGUUAUAAAACUUAGUCUUUUUGAUGAAAACUGCUGGUUUUUAGGAAAGUUAUUUAAACAAAUAAAGGAUUUUUCGAACGCGUACUGUUUGUUAAGGUACGAGAAAGCGAAGAUAAAGUAUUUUGGCUCAGCUAAAUUCCUUUUUGGCCACUGACAAAAAAAAAUAUCUUUAGGAGUAUUAUGCCAAAACUUUAUUGGCUUUGGUAUUGGGAAGAAAAUAAGAUUUUGUAUGGUUUUGGUGGAUUUGAAUACAUGUUAUUGAAAAGCUCAUUAUGAAAGUAUUUUAAGGUAUACAGGUGCAACAGAUAUGUAUAAACGUUUUAUAACAUAACAUAUAACUGAAUCUGUAUGUAAAUAGAUUUUCUGGUCAUAACAUGUAAUGUAAAACAUGUUAAUCUAUGUAUAUAUGAUAGGGAGUAAAUAAUGUUCUAUUGUAUAGUGUCCAAGCACAAACUUAGUGUAAUGCACCUCUCAUGUAUAUUAUGAAGUGUAUUUAAAUAUUACUGAAAAUAUCUCAUUUUAUCGACAUAGCGCCUCCUUCGAAAAAAACGAAAUUCAAAUAAAAAAAAACUAUAUCUUUUUUGUCUAUGACAUACAGCUAUGAUAUUGUAUCCUUUUAGUCUAUGUCGAUAAAGUGCAUAUACAUCUAAUGUUAUUUAUGUAAAAUUAGAUAUAAAAAAAAAAUAACUUAAACGUGGUGGGCGCCUAUUUAAGGCACGUAAACGCCAUGUAUAAAAUAUGUAUCUUUUAAGACAUCUUAUGUCUCUUGGUGUCCUAAGUGUCGACUUUUUAACGUUUUUGAGUCUCGACACGUAAUAUUCGAGCCCCUCGUAUAAGAUAAUACGUUAAAUCUCCUUAUUUAGUUCCUUAUACGGAGAUGUAAAAUAUAUGUAGUUAAUAGUAAUUUAUAUUUCAACUUAGCAUUAAGAUUUUUGGUCGUAACUGAACCAAAGCUUUUACAUUGCCAGAGUAAAUAAACAACUACUUUUGAAAACUGUAUAUAUUGAUACCUAUUUAGAAACAUUUUAAGUUGAGAAAUAAGAUAUGUUUAAUUAAGUAUACCAAAGAAUGUUAUUCUUCAAUUUGCUUAUACAUUGUUUGUAAUAACUAUUUAUGUGUAACUUAAGUUACGCCUUUUGGGUUUGGUCAAAAUUACUGCAUUUAUCUUGCACUUCUGUAGUAUCUUUGUAAAAUUAUUUACAUGUACCAACUGUCAGUGUAGUAUAUCCUGCCUUUUACAUUUAUGUAUCUAGGUUAGAGUAUAUUUUGAGUCCCUUUGCAAGAGUUAUCAAUAUUUUAUAAAAAAAAACCAUCAUUCGAUUAGAAAAAAUAUUCCGUAUGUCAAAACUCUUUAGUUUAAUUGUAUAAAUGUUACCUUUCUAUGGCCUAAGUCACUAAGUUUAUGUAGACAACGUUGUUUAAAUAUAAGUAUAGUUAGGUACCAUACGAAUUAUUGUCACUAAUUUCUGUAUUACCAAAGUACGUUGCAAUUUCAAAAUACAUUGUGUAAUUAGUUAGGUCUUCAAACUGAAUAUUAGGCAUUCAUCUAUAUCUCAUUUGUGGGUGUUAGUGAACUGUUUUUAUUCGUGAUCUCAAGUGACAAAAAUAACGAAAAAUAUUUAGUUACCUUUGAAAAGGUUUGUUUUACGACCACAGGUCGUUAGGUCCCUUGAGUUCGCGAGUAAGGCCGCUAUAAUCUGUACUGUCAGGCCGCAGCUUCUAGCCCAAUCUUAAUAUCAAUAGAAGACAAUAUAAAUGUAUUUUUAUCAAGCAUUUCCGGCUUUACUUACAUUAAGUAGGUAUAUUUUUUUAUCAAUUUUAUAAUAAUCAAUAAUGUUCAAUGCAGAUGUGGACUGCCUUCGACGUUGCCUUACGAUACAUACCUCCGAUUGCUACGUUAUUUGGUAUACGCGCUACUAGGUUGUGUUGCACAGCAAAUAAAUAUAACGUGAUGUUGUGAUUCGUUUCCGUUUAGUGAGUAACAUUGACAAACUGUCCAUUCGAAGUGUAUCUUAGCUCAGAGGAGUAUAUUUUAACGAUUGAGUGACAAUAGUACUGCGCCGUCCGGGUAACAGUAUGCGUAGUCUAUCCCGGGUGGGCUACCAGUGCCUGAAUAUCUUAAAAUUAAAAAGAAAUAGUUAUUUAAAAAAAUAUAAAUUAGACAUAAACAAUCAUCAAAUUGCCUUCGUCGAUUAGUAAAGUAUUCACACACAAAAUCUUAUUUUAGUCGUUUAUUAUCGAAAAUGUUUAUUCAUAUUUUUGCAUUAUGUAUAUCGCGGAAUUGCACAUUUAAACUUAGUCGAUGUAAAUGUCACUGUGAAGAUUACUCGAGUCUGUCGCCAUUUUGGCGCGAAAAGUUCGAGUAGUGUUCACAACUAAAUGUUUGUACUUAAUGAAGACCAUUUCUAAAUGUAAUCGUUAGGUGUUAAGGUAUCAAUGUAAUGAGUGUCUUGAUUAUACAGGCCGACUGUAGCUAAAAUACUUCUUAUAUAACUCCAUUGAAUAGCAUUCCCAUACAAAAUACCCACAUAUCUUAUAGUUAACUUUACAUUAACGUUCAAAUGGAGAGGCAUAGUGAUGUUCGCAUCUCGAAUCGACGUACACUUGUAGAGAUGUAAUACAUUACCGUCAGAGCGAAUCUGCUAAGACUACGAUGACAAUAUAAAAUAGUAUUCUUUUUCAAAAUUGUCAAUUGAAAGUUAAAAUGUUUAGCUACAGUAGUUAGUCUGACACAUGAGCUUAACAUUUUAUACCGACUUAGAUAAGGGUCUAUCGAUUUGUUCUAAUUAUCAGAUGUUUAAAAUUGAGCAACGAAUACUGUGGGGCUGCAUUCCUGUUAGAA